CGGUGUUCAAACUGAUAAAAUUAUCAACACACACAUCUGCUUCUAAGCGCAUGCGCAGCCCACCAAUAUAUACAUUCCAAAUACAACUUGUUUUCAAUUGGUGAGCGCUGUGAGUUGCUUGGUAGGUUGUCUUUUCUCUUACCAACCAGUAAGAAUGAAAGCAGCUGGCAUCUUGCUGACGAUAAUUUGAAUGUGAAAAGACAUCUCUAUGCGUUUUACGCACCAGAGAUCGCUGUUUGAACAAAACUCGGCUCACAAUAUUCAUUGGGCUCUGGCGAUUUCGCGGUGUCCGGUCAACAGCCCACGGUCGGAAGGAAUCGAAGUUGACUAUUGUCUCUAAAUUCACACUUAUAUCAUUCACAGAUGUAGAGUGCCACUAAACAUGUCCUACGCUAAAAGGCUUGCGCUUCAUUCGGGCGUAAUUUUUGUUACAUGGUGCGCUUUUCUACAACAGACCGUGAACGCAACUGAAGGAUGCCCAGGUUUAAGAACAGAUUGUAAACCGGGGAUUGUUUUGCCUGUAUGGGGAGGCAAUCCUUCUACAGGAGUAAUUGUUGGGCGAGCGUUUGUGUAUUUGCUUGCCUUACUGUUUUUGUUUUUGGGCGUUUCAAUAAUCUCCGAUCGCUUCAUGUCGGCUAUUGAAAUAAUUACAUCGAAAGAGAAGGAAAUCAGGGUAACAGACAAGCAAACUGGAAAGGAGCGAAUUGUUACUGUGAAAAUAUGGAACGAGACUGUGUCAAAUUUAACUCUCAUGGCCCUGGGAUCGUCAGCUCCCGAAAUUCUGCUAUCUGCCAUUGAAAUUUGUGGAAAUAAUUUUGACGCUGGAGAGCUCGGUCCGUCGACGAUAGUCGGUUCUGCAGCGUUCAACCUAUUGAUUAUCAUUGCAGUUUGUGUUUAUGUUAUUCCUGAUGGAGAAUGCCGCCGAAUCAAACAUUUGCGAGUGUUUGCCAUCACAGCCUCCACGUCAGUUCUUGCCUAUGUUUGGUUGUACAUCAUACUAGCAGUGUCGUCUAAAGAUGAAGUCGAAAUAUGGGAAGCUCUCCUGACUCUGGCUUUCUUUCCGUUUAUGGUCAUAUCUGCCUACAUUGCAGAUCGAAGGCUGUUGUUCUACAGAGCACUGAGAAAGGGUAGAAGAAAACAGAAGCGCGGAGGUAUGACAGUCAUUCAAACAGGCGAUUACGAUGUUGUUGGAGUUCAAGUAAAGGAUGGUUUUGUCGACGGAAACGUAGCCGAUGGUCGCUACCAACCUGGCGCCGCCGAAGCCGGACAACAGUUUGAUGAUGACGAGCUUCUCCAUGACCUGACGGAGGACAGGCGCGAAAAGGCCAUUCAAGCCCUAAAGGACAUACGACAGAAACAUCCCGACGCCGACCGUGAAACCGUUGAGCGAUUACUUGAGCAAGAAAAUUUGAAACUUCAACCAAAAAGUCGUGCGUUCUAUCGAAUCGAAGCCACACGCAAGAUGGUCGGCAGCGGAAAUGUGUUGAAGAUGAAGCACGAAAAACUUGAGAAGGCCAGCAGUUCCUUGGCAGACACUAAGAUGGAAAUGCAAGAUAUCGAGUACGAAGACCCACAGGUUGUCAGGGUUAAUUUUGACCCCGUCCAUUACAUUGUUAAAGAAAACUGUGGAAGUGUGUUUAUGAACAUUUCACGCACUGGCGGUGAUCCGAAUAACACGGUUUUCGUGGACUUCAGGACAGAGGACGGCACGGCAAAGGCCGGUGAGGACUAUGAGAAGACAGAGGGGUCAAUCUGUUUCAGGCCUGGAGAAACUUCCAAGACAUUCUCAGUCGUAAUCGUUGACGACGAUAUCUUUGAAGAAGACGAGCAUUUUUACGUCCAUCUGGGAAAUGUUCGAGUAGCUGGAGCCGAUGGGGAUUUGGUUCGCAACAAAUAUCGAGGUCCUGCAGGAAAAGUUGGUAAAGACGGAGUAGCUACAGUUACCAUCCUGGACGAUGACUACCCAGGGAUAUUCACAUUUGAGGAAGAGAAGCAUCAAGUGACAGAGGCAGAUGGAACCAUUAACAUUAAAGUUAUUCGCCACACUGGUGCGCGCGGCACUGUUCGUGUCCCUUACCAUACUAUGGAGGGAACAGCUAAGGGAGGAGGAGAUGAUUACGAAGAUGCUGUGGGUGAGCUUGAGUUUUCAAACGACGAGACUUGGUAAGCUGCUUUACAAUCUUAUACUCUUUAAUACAACCUAAUACACAAGUAAAUGUGAUCAGCUUUUGUCCUUCUGUACAUAUUUAAUAGGCCGAAAAAAUAAUUAUUACAAAGAGAGGUUGGACAUUAUUUACUUACAACCAGCUUCGUGCAAGGACUUUGGAGGUUUCACCUCUCUUUUUAGACCAAAAACAAAAAUUUUGUUAUUAUCGCCUACAAAAACCAAUUGAAGUGGUCAGAAGCAUUUUACAAAUCGGUCUUGGAUCAAUCGCUCGACUACGUUUAUGUAGUCCUUACAUCGUAACAUUCUUCCUCAUUUUGUCAAAUCUUCUUAAAACGACUACUGUUAAUUCGUGUAAAUUCAUCAAAUUUGACUUAUGCCGAUGAUGAAGCCAUCUUCGUUUUACAUCUAUCUGAUAUAUCGCUGACAGAUGCCACUGAAUUGAUUUGUGCAAACAAUGAGAUAACUUUGACGACACCACGUCCAUGUUAUGGUUUGUCCGACAACAAUUUAACGAUCCCUAAGAUAUUUUUCUUCGCCUUUUCCUGGGCAGGAUUUCGAGAAAAAAGCGUUUUGAUCAUUCCACCAAUAAUCAACAUAUCACUGAAUCAAUCUUUCCGUGCCAUGCCUGUAAAUUUUUCAAAUCAGCUUCUGUGGAUUUUUUUCUCUAUUUUUGUAUGUGGAGUGUUUUCUACUAAAAAAAUUAAUAUCUUAUUCUGAAGGAUAAUUACCAUCGAAUAAAACUGUCACCAUAUGGUAGUGUGGUAAAAGUUUGUGGAAUCCCUGAUCUUUGUAAGCGAAACAAAAACACACUUUGCGAUAGCAGUAGACACAUUUUCACAACUUUGGUCACAAUGCCGCACCAGUUGGCAAACUCUAAUUAAUGCUGUUUUUGUUUUUGUUGUUGUUGUUGUUGUUUUUUUUUUUUUACUCCAAACCUUCUUAUCGUUCUCCAUGCCUGACGGUAAGAUAUUUGAAUCAGCCCCAACAAAUUGAAAACAAUUGCUCUUGUUUCCUGAAACAUCACAAGCAAUUUGCAUAUUAAUACUCCUGAUAAACAGAGGCUAUCCCAGGGAAUGAGAUCUAAUGGAUGGAAAUUUUUAUCAAAGCUGUGAAAAGGCUAUAAGCAGAUAAACGUGUACGUAAGUGAUCAGAGUUUGUUUUGUACCACUCAUAUAGGUUUUUCCUUCUCUUCUUCUUAGAGCACAAAGCCUCAGAUAUCGUAAAUAUGAUUCCCAACAAAAGAACAGUACUAGAAAUGCUAUGGUAAUUUUAUGGCCAAUUAAGAUUUAAAAAGCAGGUUUUAUAACACAGGUCUAAUUUCAGCUAAAGAAUAGCAAGCUCAAGGUGACAAAUGAAUAAUGAUUCUUUAAUAUACAACCCAUGUUAAAAAGCCAAUGAGGAUGUUUUUAUCUUUCUAGACCAAUCCUUGUUCAACAUCAUUUUGAAUAAUUUGUUCUUAAUUAUGAGGGGUAUGGAAUAUUUGAUUAUUGCAGUGUUUUCUUUUUCAACACAUACACAUAGAGUAAGAGUAGGAGUGAGUAAGUAAGGCUUGUUUUCAUUUUUAAAUUUUGAUUUAAAAUACCAUACGAUACACUCGAAGAAGGCCAAAGGCCGAAAUGUUGUGCAUGAAAAGGCUGGAUCAGUCAAGUGUUUAUCAUCUAUGUUUCUGAACAACACUUGAUGCACAUUUUGGAGAAGAUAUCUGCUUUCUGUGAAUCCUCUUGCUGAGAGCUGUUCAUUUGGUAACCAUUUUACCCUCCAUAGGUAUACACAUGUAUUUAUAUACAUCUACAUUUCUUUUCCAAAACAUUGCAAUUUGAAAAUAGAUAUGAAAUAUAUAUACGUUUUCUUUUUCCAUUAUAAAGGUGUCAAAAGAAUAAAUUAUAGGGACAAUUUUUCAAAAAGAAAGUACAAUAACUGCAUUGAUGAACUAUGCAUCACCUUUUUGAUGAGGAAAGAAAGGUACAUAUAUUUUAAAUAUAGUUUCAAAUUGUAAUGGUUUUGAAAAUGGGUGUAUAUAUAUAUAUGUGUGUGUGUAUGUAUGUGUGUGUCCAUGUGGAUGCAUGUGUGGUAUACUAUAAAAAUAAAUACAGCUAUUACUACAAAUCACAAAGAUGUUUGCAAACAUCGGAAAAGAAAUCAAAACUUGGCUGAUUUGUUUUAAUUUUUGAGCAGAAUUUAAUUUAUUACAAUUUAAUGAAUUCUGGAAUAAGUUACAUUUAAGUUGUUUGCUUUUGCCAAAAUUGUUUAUCAGUGACUUAAAUACAUUAGCCCAGAGGAUGCCAAGUUACAUAAAUAUUUAACAAGAAAAAUAAAAAAAAAUAGUCAAUUAGGUAUUCUGGUUAUAGAUUUUACUUCAUAUCUUUCAUUUGGUUUGUAGAUAUGUUCUCAGUUUUUCAGAUCUUAAGUUCUCAUGUUGCUUUGCAACUCCCACAUAAACCUAUGUUUGUGGUGGUGCUACAACCUGUGAAAAAAUCAUAAUGAAUUGCUGGAAAUAUCACAUUUAUAAAAGAAUCUUUUUGGACUUUACCUUAAGGGUGGCAUUUCUUUGUCAGUUUGGGAUGUGAUACAUAACAGGUGUUGAUUAUUUUUACAACCUUUGAGUAAAGUAUUUUUUAAAAAUUUUCAAAGACAGCAUGCAUAAUUUUGGAUAAAGUUAUAAAGACAAAGUCUAAUUCUCAUUUUAAUUUCAAAGACUAAAUUUCUUCUUUGCCACUGAUGAUUCACACAAAUAAAUUAUUUUGCAAAGAACAGCAGUAAGAGGUUUUUUGAAUAAUGCAGAAUGUUGAAAAAUAAAUUUGGAAAGGUUAGGUGGCCUUAUCAUCUUGGCUUCAGUAGUUUUCCACCUUAGAAAAUAUUUAAUAAGAAUUUGGAAAGGGAUUUUUUAAUGACAGUGUUCACAUGAAUGUCUAAUUACAGUGAAAUUCCUGGCUGCAGUAGACAUCAGCUUUAUCAGCCCUCAGUUUAAAAAAAAAUACUGGACAGGUAUAUCAUAAUUUGGAAUGUACAGAUUUUAUCCUAUAUCUAAAAUAGUUCUAUUGCUAUUUGGUAUUCUGUGGUGAUUUGUAAUUAAAGGUGAUAAAAAUGAUAAAAACCCAUUUAUAUGAUGGUGGCUAAUAUUUGUGUGACUGAGAUGUUAAAACCUUAACUCUCAAAUCAAUUUUUAUAGCCUCCUCAUUUCCAGUGACUUAUGCUAGUACUUCACUACUCCCUGCUCUGAUCCACUUGUCAUUGAUCAGUUUUGCUCUCACAAGCUGUUGCCAAAGCUAUGAGAUCACUUCAUCAACACUUAGUGUCCUAAAAUCAUAGUUUUAUGUCUUAAUUUUACCAGGAAAAACAUUGAGAUCAAUAUUAUAGACGACGAAGAAUAUGAAAAGAAAGAAACCUUUUAUGUUCUCCUUGGGGAACCAAAGAUUGUCAAAGAUGAAGAUGAUGACAGUGGAGCUGGUACUGAAGUGGGAUAUGAUCCAGAAAAGGAGCGUCUUGAAGAACUGGGAAAGCCAAGAUUAGGUACUAAAGAUAUUAUGUAAAAAUAGGGAAAAGAAAAGAGAUAAUGUGCCAUGUUUAUAAGAGAACAAAAAGUUUUAUAUAUGCCAGCUAAAUUGUUGUACACAUCAAUUAACAUCACAUCAUAAACCCAGUUCUUUCAUUACUUAAGAUGGUUGCUCAGUUUGUUGCUUGAUAAAAACCACACAACUUUGUGUCAAUGCUAUAAAUGAAUCUUUUUACUUCUGUAUUUAUUUUAGGUGAUGUACCAAAGGCAGAGGUCACCAUAUUGGAAAGCAAAGAAUUCAAAAACACAGUGGACAAAUUGCUGGUCAAAGCCAAUCUAGCUCUUGUUGUUGGUACAUCCUCCUGGAAGGAACAGUUCACUGAUGCUCUGACCGUUAGUGGGAGUGGGGAUGAUGAUGACAGUGAUGAACCAACAACACCAACAUAUGGUGACUACAUGAUGCACUAUCUGACCGUCUUCUGGAAGCUGUUGUUUGCAAUUGUUCCUCCCACAGACAUCUGGGGUGGAUGGGCUUGUUUUGUUGCUUCUAUUGUAAUGAUUGGUGUGUUAACAAUGGUCAUCGGUGACGUAGCCUCACACUUUGGUUGUACCAUUGGAUUAGCAGACAGUGUUGUUGCCAUUACCUUUGUUGCCCUUGGAACAAGUCUUCCAGGUAAAAACAUAAAAAAACACUAGCAGCAGUGCUUACACUGAAUCUAACUCAUAACACACUUGUGACAUGUGGUGACCUAGUGACUAACAACUUGGUCUCUGUUAAAACUCCUUGUAAGGGUCAUUGUGUUGUAUUGUGAAACAGUGAGAGCCUCUUUCUAGGAGUGAAAGUGUGUGCAAUGAAGAGCUAGAUGAUGGAUGGGAAAUGGAGAGUAGGGAGCUCCUGCAUCCAUAAGUUGUAUUUUAUCUUGAUGCAAUAAUUUUUAAUGACUGUUAUGUUGAUUUUCCACAGAUACAUUUGCCAGCAAAGUUGCUGCAGUUGGUGACGAGUAUGCAGAUUCAUCCAUUGGUAAUGUGACUGGUAGUAAUUCUGUCAAUGUUUUCCUUGGCCUGGGGGUGGCAUGGUCUAUUGCAGCAAUAGCCAAAGCAGCAAGAGGUGUCAAAUUUAUAGUUCCUGCUGGUAAUCUUGGCUUCUCUGUAGUUAUAUUCUGUGUUACCGCUGUAACAGCAAUUGCUGUUAUGAUGCUACGUAGAAGUAAAAGAGUUGGGGGAGAACUAGGGGGUACCAAAUCUUAUAAACUUCCAACAUCACUUUUCUUUUGUUUCCUUUGGAUAUUUUAUAUUGUAAUGUCUUCUUUACAAACAUAUUGCCAUAUCAAUGUAUCCUUUUAGCUUUUUCCAAAUUAAGGAAAAAUGCUUUCUCUGUGUCAACUAACAACAGCAGUAAGGAAGAUCCUAUAAUAAUUAAAGGUUCUCAAAUAUCUUUGAUACAAGUAUCAGUUUGUAUUUUCAAAAUGCAAUUUUAGAGAUAGCUACAUAUAUUUCUGAAUUAUUACAAGCCAUAAUGGCUAACAAUGAUAUCAAUCAUGCAAACCAAAGAAUGAGCACCACGCCUAAAUAUAUGUCAUAUUCAAUGCCCUAAGACUUUAGAGAUAACUCUCAAGAUAAGGAACACCAUAUUAUUACAUAUCCUGGAUAGCCUCAAUAGAAUAACAUUCUUCUCGCCAUUUAUUAUAAGAAUAGUGGGUAAGGAACAUGGUAAAUAAUAACAAUCACCCAGAUAUUGACAGAAAAAGCAAUUUCCUGUACACCCUUUUUGAACGCUGUAACACGAAUAUGCAACUUUUCGUAUCUGGCCUAGGGUAUUUUAGUUUUCCAGUCUCUGUGUCAAACUCUUACUUGGCCCAGAAAUAAUAUCUAAGACAUUUUUCUCUUUCUGCACAUCUUGUCUCUUUUUUGGAAUUCGGGUUUUGCAUGAUGAUAAAUGUUGAUGAAAAUCAAUUCAAGCAGUCUCUACCAUUGUGAAGGAUGAGGAAGACAAAUGUUGAGAUGUUACCUUGUCUUAUUGUAUGCCUGUUACAUGUAUCUUCCUUCACAGCCUGGCAAACAGUGAUGUGAUAGUGACUGUGCAGUGAGGAUACUAUCAGCUGUACUAAUUUAUACAAAAUUUUCAGUUUAUAACAUCAGCUACCUAAAUACUUUAUUUUUAUUUAUAAUUUUAGCCUUUUCAACUUCUUGAAAUAAUAUUUGUCAUGAAUAAUUGAAAUUAUAAUGAUAAU